GAUGAUAGAGAAAUACAUGCACACACACAUGUAUUUAUUAUUUUUAAAUUCAAUUACGCUAAUGCAAUUUUUGAUUUAUUACUUAUUAGUGAGUUAGUUGUCUGACGGUUUGUCGAUUUUUGCUUAACAUAAUAUAUUAUGAUGGCUGCUACCUCAAAAGAAACAAUCUGUCAAAUCGGCACAGUGUUGGCGGACACGGCGUUGCCGAUGAAAGAACGUUUUCGAGCACUUUUUACAUUAAAAAAUAUAGGCGGUGAUCUGGCAAUAGACAACAUAGCUAAAUGUUUUACAGACAAGUCUUGUCUAUUGAAACAUGAGCUGGCCUAUUGUUUGGGGCAGAUGAGAGACGAAUACGCUAUUCCGUAUCUAAUAGAAGUGCUCAAAGACGUUAAACAAGAACCUAUGGUACGACAUGAAGCAGCUGAGGCUUUAGGAGCUAUCGGCAAGCCUGAUGUCAUUCCAAUUCUUGACGAAUAUAAGAAUGAUCCCGUUCAAGAACUCGCUGAAACAUGUCAGUUAGCCCUAGGAAGACUAUUGUUACCUAAAAACAAAGCCAAUGUAGAAAAUAUCUAUGGAUCUGUCGAUCCAGCACCGCCUUCGGAGGUUAAAAGUGUAGAAGAACUAGAAAAAAUUCUGAAUGAUGAAAACGAGAACCUUUUUAAUAGAUAUCGAGCAAUGUUUUCAUUAAGAGAUAUUGCAUCACCCGAGAGCAUAACUGUGCUUUCUAAAGCGCUAUCUUAUGGCAGUGCCCUAUUCAAACACGAAAUUGCCUUCGUCUUGGGACAACUACAGUCACCCCUCAGUGUACCAUAUCUAAAAGAAUCUCUUAUGGACGAAACUCAAAAUGACAUGGUCAGACAUGAAUGUGCCGAAGCGUUGGGCGCAAUCGCCACAGACGACUGUUAUGAAAUAUUAAAGAAAUACCUCGACGACCAAAAAGUAGUAGUAAAAGAAAGUUGCGAGGUAGCUUUGGAUAUGUGCGAGUAUGAAAAUUGCUCCGAUUUUCAGUAUGCUAACACAGUAGAAAAAGUUACAGCCUAAUUGUAUUAAAUGAAUGAUUUUAAAUUGAAAAUACUUAAGUUAUUCAAUAAAAUUUGUACAUUAAUCUGCUUUAUUUUUUUUAUUAUUUAUACUAAAAAAAACUGUUUAUAACUGUUUAUUGUUUAAUAUUAUACUUGCAGAAAUGCAUAUUAACA